CUUUAUGGCGACUCGUCCAGAGGGCAGAACACUCAUUGCAAGAUGGCCGUCGUGCCUCGGCAUCCCGUGUGAGUCUCGACCCGUCUCGCCACCUGGAUUUCAAGUAUACCAUCGUUGUCGGCGAUCUCGGAUGAGGAAAAGAGAUACACACUAAAGAAGUGGUACAAGAAAAUCGAUCAAGCUGGCGCCAUUCAAGCUUCGUUUCUCGAAGAUGUCGAAGUCGCGAAACGGCGGCAGUAAGGGUAGCCGCAGUAACAGCACAGAAUCGGAAGAUUCUAGCCAACAGCGUUUGAUUAAUUCACCACUCUUGUCGACAUCGGAUACACUCGGAACGAACGGCAACAGUUUUGUCUUGAGAAACGAAUCAACGGUGCCGAGUUCGCCUCCGCCUUCUUAUCAGCACGUUCUCGAAGAGACGAGAAUGAGGCAAUCGGCUGAUAAUGAGGGGGAAGAGGAAAUGGACGAGGUAGAAGAGUAUACAAAAAAACAAGGACAAGCUUUGAAGAGGUACAAACCUGCUGUUAGCGGUGAAGGAGGUGGUGGUAGUGGUUGCGGUCCAGGAGGUGGAGGGAGACAGCCUGUCAAAGGGACAGAAAUUCUUCAUAAAUCGAGCAAAGAAUUUUAUAGAGCGGUUGCCAAACAAUGGGGAAUUACUUGUAAAAUGAGCGAUCAUUGCAGAUGUUUUGAUUGUCAGAGUCAUUACUUCGACUGCGAAUAUGAUAAGGAUGAGCAUGGGAAAACCGACGGUGGAUUGGGCGCCGGCACGCCGAUGUUCCUUACCUCUAUGAUCCACGGCACGUCCUGUGUUCUCCUAUAAGAGGAACAAAUUUUCGCAAACCGACAAAACAAAUCAUUUUUGCUUUUUUCGAAGCCGUAUAUAUUCGUGUUUGCCCAAGAACAGAAAAAAAAAAAAAAAAAAAAAAGAACGAAAGAAAGAAAGUAUAAAUAGUUUCUUGAAAUGGACUGAUUCAUGGAAAGAGCAUGAAGAUGUUUAAGAUUAAUCGUUAAGAGGGACAAAGACGUUGAGACGGAUAAGAAAAAGAGAAAGAGUAGGAAAGUGCGCACUCGACGAAAAGUCCUCCGACUACGGGGAGAGAUUUCCGUUAAUCCGGAGGUAGAGUCAAAUUAAUAGAGAAAUAUCGAAUCUUUGGAUUUAUCUUCUGUACGCCCGCGAAAUCUGCAAUUUUCGAUUUCUCUCUCUCUCUCUCUCUCUCUCUCUCUCUCGCUCUCGCUCUCUCUUUAUCUAUCUGUCUAUCUAUCUAUCUAUCUAUCUAUCUAUCCAUCUGUCUAUCUAUCUUUCUCGAUCAAGAAAAAAGAUUUGCCAUAAUAACAAUUGCCUGUGUACUUAGGUACAUUUGCGAUUUUUCACCGACAACUUUUAUGCGAGUUUGGUGAUCCGUAGACGAAGAAUAACACUUGUCAAUUUUUUGCUCGUGGUCUGAUUCAUACAUUAUCCUUUAGGAUAAAGACGAAGAACGCGGCAAUUUGUAUAUUUAAUGAGAACGUAACUGAAAUCCAAUAACCGAAAAUAAAAAUUAAUUUAAUAAUAAAAUCUAAUCACGAGUUGCUACGUAGAAUUCAUUCGUUCGUGAGUUUGUGUCUCUGUUAAGUACCUCGUGCAACCUAUAAUCAAGUCUACCAAUUUCUUUUUCUUCGGGAUAUCACGCCAUUGGGUUUUUUUUUAUAAUAUUCGAGUAACAAUUUUAUGAGAAUCUAUAAAUAAAUGGGCCUACGUUCUUUCGACGACAUAGAAAUAUAUCUUUUUGAACUAAAGUUAAGAUUCAUGAACGGACGUUCUAGUUUUCUGUGCGAUAUUAGAAGAGCAAGAGAAAAAAUUACGAAGAAGUAGAUAGAGAUAUUUACCGACUAGAAAAUAAAUACAACAAAAAAAUAAAUAAAUAAAUAAAUCCUGCGAUUUCCGAGAAUGUAACAUCCGAUGGAACAUCGCGACUCGAAACACAUGAAAGUAAUUUAGUAAUGUAGUAAUGAAAGAUCUGGAUCAUCGAGCAUCUGUUCGAUGGGAUGCAUGUUCCGCGAUUCGUUACAUGAGUUACGUUCAGUCGUAACAAACACGUUGUUAAAUUAAAGUGUGCGCACGAAAAAUUUGACCGAGAACGAUCGCAUUUAAACUUCCACCAUUCGUUUUCGUUCGAACGUUAAUUCUCGAAUGAAGUUCUUGAGAAAAAUAUCUUUUUCUUUGUCUAAUUAUACCUUUAUAUUUUAUUAUUUGUUAUGUCAUAUAAAUUUUAAUUGAAUCUACUUUUGAAAUAAUAAUUAAAUCUGAUCGUUCAUGGUCUUCGCUAUGAGAAAUUCAAUCUGCCUUUAGCUAAAUAUGUCGUAAGAUUGUAAUACAAAAAGAACUUUACCUUUAGUUCUUCUAAGGUGAAAAGAAUUUAACUAAUGAUAUGAUAUAAUUGACGAACUGUAGUGCCGAAGAGAGAGGAUCGUCGAGAGAAGCAUAUAGUUCGAUUAUCUGAUUCCUAUCGAAUCGAUUGAGGAUCGAUGAAUUCAAAUGAAACAUAAUACAGUACCUGCCUAUUUCAGAGAGGGCCGUACACAUUGAAUGCAUUUACCAAGACGAAGCUUUAAAAGACGAGCUCGCGGAUUAAUCGGUUGAAUCUAAUGCAUUCAUUACGUUAUGAAAUGUGUCAUCAAAAUAUAUAGAUAUAUGAAUCUAUAAAAUAAUCUAUAUAUAUAUAUAUAUAUAUAUACACUUUCGAAUAAAGAUAUGCCAGAUACGACUUUAAAGCUCAAAUUUAUUUGUAAUCUUUAGAUGUACGUAUUAACGUUGUGUGUGAAUACAUUGUGUGUGAAUACAUGCGUCAAUAGUGUUUUCACACUAGCUCUUGAAAUAUUUACUGCUAAAGACGAAAAAAUGAGUACUUGAUAAAAUAGACAUUAAAUAAAUCAAAUGAAUGAACGGAUAACGUAAAAAUAAUAAAAGAUUGUGCGAUCCCGCGUCUAUGGAUUGUAAAGCUUCGUUUUGAGCUCGAUGAAUUAAGAGUGUGCGUCUAAUGCUGGCCUAUUAACUUAUAUUCGUCUUUUCACAAAAAGAUUGUUCGUUUGUACCUCGCGCCGAAGGAAAUAAGGGAUAUACAUAUAUAUAUGUGUGUGUGUGUGUAUAUAUAUAUAUAUAUAUAUAUAUAUGUAACCCUCUAUUGCCAAAAACAAAUUUUUUGUAUAAUCGAUAUUAUAACUUUCCUACUUAUAAUUAUUGGAAAGAACACGACCACCUUGUACAACUUUAUCUUGCACUCUAUUUCGUUCGAAAUAUCUUUUUAGCUUAUGUAUGUGUGUGUUGAUGUAUGCAUGAUAAAAUCAGCAUGGAACAGAAUAGGCACGACCGAUGUAGUUCACCUUAAUGGCUUAUACUAGUUAAAAUAAAUAUUUCUGCAAAUUUUUUAUUUAUUUUAACUUCAUUUCAAUUAUUAGAAACUUUUUAUAUAUGUUUCAACUUUUGAAAUGACUACCAUCUUAAAACUAAAAGUUAAAUUGAAUUUUUUUUGCAUAAAUUUCAAAUCAGUCUAUUCUAACAUUUAGAUCGUUAAUUAUAUUACCAGUGUGUGUGUGUGUGUGUGUGUGCGCCCGCGCGCAGGCGCACAUAUGCGUUUAUACAAUUACGUACGAAUCUGCGUGCGUAAAAAUACAUUCAUUAUAUAUAAAAAGUUUGAUGGAAAACUUAAAGAUAGAUAAAGAUCUUCUAUUAAGUCCAUAAAAUUUCAACAAAAUUCAUGGUUAUACCUACACAGAUACGCACAUAUAUGUAAUAAGAUUUUGAUAUAAAACAUAGAGAAUACCAGUGGUCGUGCCUAAGAAGAAUUGUAAUAGAAAUCGGACGGACGGAGACUUUCGUGAUUUAAAAGAAGAGAAACCUUUUAUUGUAUAAAUGAAAAUCGAGGAAGUAAAGUAGGUUUUGACCUUUCUUCGAAUAUUCUCGAUACGAGUUACGCUAUUAUAAACAUUUUUCUUCAUCUUAUUUUUCAAAAAUAACACUCGCGAAUCUACUAGAUUUGACGGCAAGUAUAUUACAAAUAUCGAUCAAGUGGACGAUUCGGAGUGCUAUACUUAUAUGUGUAAAGUAUUUUGUGCUCACGUAUGUACGUCUAACGAUAUAUAUUCUGUGUAAUCUACAGUGUGUAGAGGACAAAAAAAAAAAAAAAUAAGAAUUAUAAAGAAAUCAUCGUUAUAGAGUAUGACUAUAAAACUUGAUGUACUUGUACAAAAACACAGCACCAAUAAACAUGGCCUAAGCAGCAUGAUAUCCAUUCCUUUUGUAUAAUCGAAUAUUCAUGAUCUUAAGUCGUUUUUAAGUUCGAAAUGAGAGAAGCUCGUAAAGAAAUCCAAUAACGAUUAAUUUGAAAAGAAUACCGUACAAGGCAAGGCGAGAAAAAAUAUUGAAAAUUUUGAUUAUCUUUUGCGAAUAGGCAACCCGUAAGAACACUACGGCAAACUCAAUUAUUAUUCACUUGGCUGUAUGUAUGACUAUAUUUUCGAUGUGUUAGACGAAGUAAGAAAUAUGCAACAAGAAGCGUGCAAAAAACAUAAUUACAAAUGGUUUAUUAAUCAAAAUCCUUUUAUUCAUUUAUUUCAUUAUUUACGUCGAAGAAAUAGAAAGUUAAAUAAUGUAACACUUUAUAAAAUAUGUUUACUUGUUUCAGAUACAUAUAUAUUCAUUUCUCUCUUCUCAGUGAUGAUCCUUCCAAUAGUUCCGGGGACGUUCGUUAAUUCUUAUUGUCCUUGAGACACUUCCUUCUUUUUCUUGUUUUUUUCUUCUUGUUUUUUCUUCCUCUUUUUUUUUUCUUUUUUUUUUUUUUGCUUUAUUCAUCGACAAAUAACGUUCAAUCAGCAAGUUGACACAUCGCUUAAGCCUGGAACAGAUCCGGCUUGCCGAUGACAUCACACUCGAGGUCUCUUUAGGGAUCGAUCAGCGUGUCUCCGCUCGUAGGUCGCGCGUGCGUCGAACACUUGUCGCACUUGCCUUUACUUCCUUACUCCUGCCACUUGAUUCGCUCUUUUCCAUCUUCUUAAACUAACUGCUCCAUCUUUUUUAUCCUCUAUUUGUUCUUCUUAUUCUCUUCUUCGAGCUUUCUCAUCAGCAUUAAUAUAGGCAGAAUUUUCAUCUUUCCCUUCUUCGCUUUCUGUAUUUUCUUCUUUGCUUUUCUUUUUUUCUUUUUCUUUUUUUUUUUUUCUACAUUUUUCUUUCUUCAUUUCUCUCCGCUCUCGGACGUUCUAUCUUCCACGAACACUUAUGCUGAAAAUACGAGCGAAUAAGGAAUAACAUAUCAUGUGUCCGAUAAAUCAACAAACCUUUGGCAAAUGUUUUGCAAAUCUUUUGAAAAAGAGAAAUAUUCUUCUUCCUUUUUUACUUCUUCAUGACAAAUAUAAAGUAUGCAAAUAUUAGCAUACGGUUCUAACGCUUCUCCAUUUUAUUUUCGUGAUACCCAAGAGAAAUCCGGAAAUAUAAAUUCAAUUUCAUUCUUCACGAAGUGUAUACAGUUAUUCGAUCGUGGGUCGAAGGAGUAGAUAUGUUAAGUAUAGUAUUGUCACGCACUUUCCCAUCGUCUCGCCUUCUCCUUCGACUUUGAGCUUUUUGAAAUCACUCGUUGCGUUUCUAGUCUCUCCGACUAACCGGUGUCACGACCUGCCUCUUACCUGCAUUUUACCGCUGUCCCGUCCUCCCCUUCCUUCUCCCAUCGACGUGACUUUUUGUUAUCCCUUCCAAUGAUUUCCUUUCUCUUUUAUUCUUACCGAAAUGUCUCUUGGCCGUAUACCCUCGUCAUCCUUCUUGCUUCUUCAACGCUACUCCUUUCACGCUACGAUUCUACGAUGUACGUGUUAAUCGUUACAUCACGUCCAUAUUAAUAAAUUCGUUCAUCAUCGAUGCAGAA